UAUAAAUUGUGGUUUAGUUUUGUUUAAUUUAGAUUUCUACGGUCAGACGCGUGAUUGUGUCGCCACCUCUCGACAGACAGAAGAAACAACUGUCUGAAAUAGGAAACGCUACGUUUGUCCCUUACGGCGUUCCGUCGAAUCAUGGCGGCUCUCUUUUCGUCUCUUCACAGAUGUUGCCAGCGGUUGGCUCUGCUCCGUGUUGCUAGGCAACUGAGUAGCUCCAGCUCAGUUUCUCGUCCUCCUUUGCACAGGAGGCUGCUCCGCUUCCUCACCCAGCGUUUCUAUGAUGUAGAGGAGCUCCUGGAGUGGAGUGUCCGUAUGAAGAAGGAGGGGAUCCAGAAAAAGAAUGCCUACUAUGGCUUCACUGAGCAGUUUUAUGGGUCAGACAUAGCAGCUGGGCAUUUUGUCUUGAACAUGAGGGGAGGAUUUAGAUACACUGGACAGACAGACUGGUUCCGUGCAAACCAGAGGGGCAAGUUCAACUGGGAUUUCUUGACAUACAAAGACACCCCUCUGGAGGAAGUAGACAUGAGUUACACUGUCAUUAACUACAGAGGACUGGACAACCUGGUUGGACAGCAGUCAUUGAAAACUCUGUCAUUAAGAGGAUGUCCAGAAGUGGAUGACUGGUUUUUGGGCAGGCUCCAUGUGUUUCAGAACUGUCUGGAGGAACUGGACAUCUCUCACUGUCCACAAAUCACUACAGGCGGCCUGGCUGCACUAAGGAAUCUAAAGGGACUGCGGCGUCUGGACGUGUCAUCUCUUCCUGGGAUUUCGUGUCCUGGGUUGGUCAUCAUCCUGCUGGAGGAAAUGUUGCCGCACUGCCAGAUCACUGCUACCGGCUAUGACCACAACCUUAAGCAGCAAGACGCAGAGAAGAUGUAGGAUCCCAUGCAGGGAUAGAAGUAGAGCAUGAGAGGGGUCCGUUAUCAGAGGCUUAUUGUAUGUAGGGCAUGAACUGACUGAGUCUCCACUUAAAGCUCUGUUAAUAAAGAAGUGUCACCACAGAAAGGGCUUCUAAAGGAGCAAACAUGCUUACAAAGAAAACAUUUGAACAAUUCAGCUGUCACACGCUUAUUUUCACUUACUGACACAGGCAGCUUAGAUUCGUCAGAGAGCUAGCCCAUAAAAAGUUUUUAAAACUCCUGCAGGGUCGACUGGAUAUAGACUAAAAUCUGAAUGGACAUUGGCGGCAUACAAUUAUGUAUAAUGUAAAUGUAUUUGUAUUUACUUUCAAGGAAUACUGUCACUGUCAUCUUUUUGAUCACAGUCUGCUGGUAAUAUUUUACUUUACUGUUCAAAUAUAAAUAUGAAUAAUUUACCAAAGAAAGACCUAUUUGUUUAAUAUUAUAAUCCAUGUCUAUGUUUGACAGACUGUGGGAACCACACAGCAACACAUGACUGUGUGUCUGUAUGUAUUUCUAAUCUUCAUGUAUGUGUGGAAGCUUAAAUGAGCAAAGUAAAGCCAUUAAUCCAGUGUGAGCUGUGCAGUGCAGCAGAGUUGGACCCUGCUCCUGUAGAGAUGAUGUGGCUGAACGCUCACUGGGACAUACAGUACAUUUCUACAGCAAUGACAACCAGGUUUGUAAUUAAAAUCCAGAAACAGA